GAUUCGUGACGUAGUACGCAAGUGUCCGCAGCUCGAGGCCUGCCAGUGGACGGAAGCGGAGGGAGCGCAGUGCUUGUAUUUUCAUUUGGAAAACAAGGCGAAUGCAACAUACUGCCGUGCGUUUAUUAAUCUGCUUCUAAACCCGUCUGACUUUUGAAGAGGAUUUUUGAAGGUGAAGUUCUUCGUGAAUGACCAAGACACAGUCAGCACCGUUUUCAUCAUGAACAAGAAUAAGCGCGAGAAAGAAUAUUACAGCAUAGAUGUAGGGGAUUCAACAUUCACCGUUUUGAAGCGCUAUCAGAAUUUGAGACCAAUCGGAUCUGGAGCACAAGGGAUUGUCUGCUCCGCAUACGACCACAUCCUCGAACGAAAUGUCGCAAUUAAGAAACUCAGCCGACCCUUUCAGAACCAAACCCAUGCCAAAAGGGCUUACAGAGAAUUGGUCCUUAUGAAAUGUGUCAACCACAAAAAUAUAAUUGGCUUACUGAAUGUGUUCACGCCACAAAAGACGCUUGAAGAAUUCCAGGAUGUUUAUCUAGUGAUGGAGCUGAUGGAUGCUAACCUGUGCCAGGUGAUUCAGAUGGAGCUGGACCAUGAAAGACUCUCAUACCUACUUUAUCAGAUGCUCUGUGGCAUCAAACAUCUACACGCUGCUGGCAUCAUACACAGAGAUCUGAAACCAAGUAACAUAGUAGUAAAAUCCGACUGUACGCUGAAGAUCCUCGACUUUGGCCUGGCCCGGACAGCUGCCACCGGACUCCUCAUGACCCCAUAUGUGGUGACACGCUACUAUCGUGCUCCCGAGGUCAUUCUGGGCAUGGGUUACCAAGCCAAUGUGGAUAUUUGGGCUGUUGGCUGCAUUAUGGCAGAGAUGGUGCGGCACAAAAUCCUUUUUCCAGGGAGGGACUAUAUUGACCAGUGGAACAAGGUUAUCGAGCAGCUGGGCACGCCAUCUCAGGAAUUCAUGAUGAAACUGAACCAGUCUGUGAGGACUUACGUGGAAAACAGGCCACGCUAUGCUGGCUACACCUUUGAGAAGCUUUUCCCAGAUGUGCUUUUCCCCGCAGACAAUGACCACAAUAAACUUAAAGCGAGCCAGGCGCGAGACUUGCUAUCCAAAAUGCUGGUAAUAGAUGCGUCUAAACGAAUCUCAGUGGACGAGGCCCUCCAGCACCCCUACAUCAAUGUGUGGUACGAUCCGUCAGAAGUGGAAGCGCCCCCGCCGGUGAUCAUUGAUAAACAGCUAGAUGAGAGAGAGCACACAGUGGAAGAGUGGAAAGAGCUGAUAUAUAAGGAAGUCCUGGACUUGGAGGAAAGGACGAAAAACGGGGUGAUCCGAGGACAGCCGGCCUCGCUAGGUGCAGCAGUGAGCAGUGACUCCCAGGAGCCCUCAACGUCCUCUUCUAUAAAUGACGUCUCAUCCAUGUCCACUGAUCCCACCCUGACCUCUGAUACAGACAGCACUCACCAGACAUCCACUGGACCUCUGGGCUGCUGCAGAUGACUAUCCUCUUUCCUUAAGUUCCUGCUAACACCCAUCUUUACUGGCAUAGUGUUUACACCAAUUUCAAAACCCAAAAUGUGCCCCUUUUUCUUAAACUGGCAUCAUUUUUUUUUUUUAUUGAAAAUAGAAAUAAAACGAGAAUGGAGGUAAGAGUGUUUGACAGCAUCUUAAAGGCUUUUACACCAAACCAGCAUUACUUUAAUUUCUCAUACGUUCAUUUGACAUCAGAUAUGUCAUCUUGCCAUUUGGAUGUGGAUCGGUUUGAGUUUUUGUAAAGAGAGAUGGUGAAUAUAUUUUUUGAGACGUUAAUCACUAAUUAGUGGACGUUUUUUAAGUGGCACAUUUACUUCCUGGUUUAAUGUUGGCAUUGAGUAUUUCCACACUGUAAACUACUGUUUUGGAGUCAGUGGUGCAUACACCAUUGCUUUAGCUAGACUUUCUUUGGGCCUAAAAGCAGAAAUUGAACUGUGUAACUAUGAAACGGUUUAUGAACACUUGGGUUGUCUUAAAGUAUUUUAAAGUGCUUUUAGGAUCAGUGCGCUACUCAUUUUCUUUUCCAGAUAUGAUUUUAGUACACUAGAUGUAAUUCACAUUCUGUCUAAAAAAAAAACACUCAGUAUCACUCAGCGUCACAGUAUGUAAUCUAGUCUGUCGAUACAAGAAACAAUGACGACAGGAACCCAGAGCUUUCCAUGAUGCUUUCUUUCAGUGCUAUAUAGCUUAGUACAGGAGUUUAAAUCAUGUUAUUGUUUGUAAAGAGUUUGUUUGGAUGGUUCAAUUGAUGAUUUAAAACAGAUUUUAGACAUUUGGCUCGCCUCAGACUAUUGUAAAUGGAUCCUUACAUCCAUGUGGUCUUAUUUAUGGUUAUGAUAAAUGAAAUUCUGCUACUAAAGGUUAAACUUUGCUAAAUUAAAGUGAUCCAUCAAUAACCGAUACAUAGAUUUUUCAUUCUAAAGUUUGGAAAGUUAAAUAAUUUUAUCAUGAAUUUGACAGAUUUAAAUUCAGAAUGUAUUUUGUUUACAAUAAUAAGUGUAUGUAGUACAUGCUCCUAACGUACUCCCUUUCUGUGCUAAAAUUAAUCAGUUCUACAUUUAGAAUCGUCAUUCAUCAUUCAUUGUAAACUAUCAGAAAUAAAGGUACAAAAGUUGUCACUGGGAUGGUAACCUUUAAAAAGGUCCUAAUAAGUAUCAUUUAGAUACAGAAAAGUACUUUUGAGGUCCCAGUACGUACCCUUGUGGUACUAAUAUGCACCCUUUAGAUACAAAUGGGUACUUUUUGACAGCGUUUCGCUUUUCCGGUGACAGAUUUGGUACCGUUAUUUCUAACCUGUUUUCUUGAUUUUGCUGACAUAAUGGAUUAAGUGCCUGCAUUCAUUCCUGAAUAAUUAGAAAGAUGGAGAAAUUUGGGUGAGGCUUUCCAUAGUAAUACUGGUCAUAUCAUGUGGAGUGUCUAUUUUUCUAUUGAAAGGCUAAAGCAUGUUGAAAAGAUGUAUAAUUUAUGACACUUAAGAUCUGAUUUGUAAAGGGAAGUUUCUUUAAGGUUUAAGGUAUUUCAUCAAAGUAAUAGAAAAUCGGCUGUUCUUUCGUAUGUGUAUAUGGUUUGCAGCUUUAUUUUGUUUUAUGGAAAUAUGCAAGAUGUUGCAUCAAAUGCUGUAGGUGUCUGGGAAAUUUCUGGGGCGAUGGUAUCGAAUGUAAUGCGUAUGUGUGCCGACAGUUCGAGGAUGCAGGAGAUGUAAAGAUCGCAAAUGUUUGUAUAAGGAUUGGCUUUCACAUUAUCACAGUUGCAUCCCAGGCAUAACAAUCUUGAUUUGAUUCUCAUUUUAAGUGCUCUUAUUUUAUUUUUUGCUUUAUUUAGGGUGAUGAACUUUAGUUGCAUUUAGUUUUGGUUGCAUUCGCUUUUAUCUCAUCUCUUAAAAUGUUAAGAUCAAAGUAGGCUUUGAUGAACUACCUCACUCUAAAUUUCUACAGAUUUCUUUUUUUUUAAACACAGCUGCCCGUCAGAUAGAUGUUAAUACAGAUUUCAUUAUUUAUUUAUUUUGAAAGUGAACUAUUGUCAAUAGUAGGCAACAUAUAGUUUUGUACAUUAUGUAUACUUCACGUAGAAGUAAGAGAACUGAAAUGUAAAUUUGAUCUUAUGUUCAUUUAAUUUUCUUUGUAUUCAUUUUUUUACAGUUCAUGUGCAAUACCCACUGCUGUCAUGCUAGUUGUAAUCGAUAGAUCUAGACAUGUUAGUUUUAUGUACCCAGAGGUAGAGAUGUUUGGUACUGUCAGUUAAAUCAAUGUCUUUUUGAAUCCAGAUGAUUAUUUUGUUUUCUUUUUUGGCUCAUUAUAGUCAAUGUUACAUAACUUGUCUUACCAAAAAUUCUGGAAAAAUAAAUCUGUGGCAGACGGAGAUGUUUGGAAAGUGUUUAGCCAUUGGAUUUUGAUCAACCUGGUAAGGUCAUUUUAAAAGCAUCAUCUGUAAAAUAUCUUGAAACUUGUUAAUAUUUGGUGCUGGUAUGUAAUAUUUGCUAGCGAUGCCAGCUCAGUUAGUUAUCAAUUCCUUGCUCUGUGUGCACUGAACGGCAUACAGGCAAUAAGUGCACUACUACAACAAAAAUGCACUGGGAUCUUACGAUACCAAUGUGUACAUGUACUGCAAAUAAAAAGGUUUGAAUCUGAA